AUGCAAGCUCUCGGGGUAUACAGCGACUGCUUCGAGGGCACGCACUAUAGGCACGGCGCCGCUCAGUACCUUCCCGAUGCCUUCGGGUGGCAGCUCCACAAUACGCGCGCUCUCGCCGACGCCUACGCGCGACAGGUGCCGUGCACCAUAUACAUACCCGAAUUUCUGAACGAGUCCAAACCCCUCGUUAACCAGCCGCCCCUUCCACCACCCACCAGAGGUCACGCAGUCUUCGAAUCGGUGCUCGACGAGCUCGAGAAGAAGCCCGCGCCUAGCCUGCUCGCCAAGGUCAGCCGGACCCUCACGACGCUAUCCCUCCUCCCAGCCUACCACAGCUCCCUAUACCAUACCCGCCAGGCGGUCGCACACCCGCACGUACAGGCCUUUCUGCGCGGCCUGCGCGCAGACCAGCAGCCAUCGCUCAACGCUACCGGCGCAACCAAGAUCGGCGUGGCGACCUUUUGCUGUGGAGGAGGGGGGGGCUGCACGCCGUGCCACUGA